AUGGAUCGAAUUCUACUCGCUUUCCUCGUCUCUUUCGCGUUCUUCAUUUCCAUUCUCGAUGCACAACAAAAUUAUUCAGGAAUCUCGUCCAUGAAUUGUCACGCCAAGGAUGAAACCGGCCCAUCUCCCGCUUUUCUUUACUCAUGCAACGGGGAAAGUUCAUGUCAAACUUUUCUCAUGUUCAGAUCGCGGUCCCCAUACGAUUCGGUCAUGUCCAUCUCAAACCUGACUUCCUCGGACCCCUCACAGCUUUCGAAGAUCAACAACGUGUCGAUGGAUUCAGUUUUCGUUCGAGGUCAAGAGGUGAUUGUUCCGGUUAAUUGUUCGUGUAACGGUCAGUACUAUCAAGCCAAUACAUCAUAUGUUACUCCAACUAUUUAUGAGACAUAUUACACCAUUGCCAAAGAUACCUUUGAGGAACUGUCAACUUGCAGCAUCCUUAUGAAAGAAAACAUUUAUGGAGAAUUCGAAUUAGGCUAUGUAGGCCUACGAUUGAAUGUCCCACUUAGAUGUGCCUGUCCUACGAGGAAUCAAACGAUAAACGGUACAAAGUUUCUUUUUACUUAUUUGGUCGCUCCAGGCGACAACAUAACAUCAAUAAGUAGAAGAUUUAAUGUGACCCCUGUUUCUAUUGCUUAUUCCAACGGAUUCGUCGAUGUAGACAACGCGGUUCUUCAAUCUUCUACAACCAUUCUAAUCCCGUUGCGUGAGGAGCCAUUGAGUUCUCAAAUGAUUGUAAUUGAAGAAGACGUUGUUACUCUUUCCCCAGCUCCAAUUCUCGCACCUUCUAGCCAUAAAGUAAGGAAUAGACGAAGGGAUAUUUAUGUCGGAAUUGGGGUUGGGCUUCUAGCUUCUUGUCUCUUCUGCCUCACCCUGUAUACCUUCUUGCAUAGAAGAAGAACAAGAACAAUGACAACAAAGAUUUACAAUCAUAAGGGUAAUGCAAGAAACCAACCGUCAAAGGAUCUACUCAAUGGAAUUGCGACAGUCGAUCAAGUUCUUAAAGUAUUCACCUUUCGAGAGCUUGAAACCGGAACCCAAUCAUUCAAUCAGAUAAACCAAUUGAGCGAUUUGGUUUACCGCGGUUUCCUCAACGAGAGGAUGUUUGCGGUCAAGAAGAUGACCGCGGAUGUCUCUAAAGAAGUGAAAAUCCUUCACAAGUUCAACCAUUUCAAUCUGAUAACUCUGUUAGGCGUUUGCGAGCAUUUCGGCGUGUUCUACCUAGUAUACGAAUUCAUGGAGAUGGGUUCUUUAAGAAAUUGGCUUAACACAAAGGAAAACGAUUCCAAUUGCAAGCAACUAUGUAAUUGGAGCAAUAGGAUUCGAAUAGCGAUCGAUAUCGCGAGUGGGCUUCACUACAUUCACAACUUCACCGAACCAGCAUACGUCCAUAAGGACAUUAACAGCGGAAACAUCUUACUAAACCAGGACUUAAGAGCAAAGGUUGCCAAUUUCGGGCUGGCGAAAUCAGCCAAUCAGAACGGUUACUCUUCAAUGAGAUGUGUUCCUUGUGCAAAAGGGUAUUUGGCUCCUGAAUAUGCAGAGGCCGGCUUGGUGACUCCGAUGAUGGACGUGUAUGCGUUUGGAGUCGUUGUUUUGGAAUUGGUCACCGGAAAAGAUGCUGUUUUUAAGGAAAAUGGUAAAGAAAUACAGCUUUCGGAUUGGGUGAUUUGGAUUAUGGAUGGUGGAAAUGGAUCAAUUGUCGAGUUUAUUGAUAGGCGUCUUCAAGUGAGACACCCUCUUGGUUAUAUGAUUGAUCAGUCGGAGCCGGCUGGGAGAUUGUUGCGGUUGAGCUUGGCGUGCUUGGCGCAAGAACCGGAACAGAGGCCGACCAUGGCCGAAGUGGUUAAUGCUUUAAUGAUGAUUCAAAUAGAUGUGCAAAGAAUUGAGUGUUCAAUGUUUGUGCCUUAG